AUGGCUGAAGCAUCUGCUAGUCAAUACCAAAAGGGCGAGAUCGCCGAGCUGAAAGCCACCUCCCUCCAAUUGACAUCUCGCGUAGAUGCCAUCGACGCUCGAUUUCGGCCCCGCCCAUCCUCUCACCCUGAAUAUAUCGAGGUCAAUGCCAGAUUCGACGAUGUAUGCCAAAUGGUCUUGGGCAGGAUCAACCCAAUCGCGAAGGAGGACGAUCCGACUGCAGCGUAUGCCGCGUCCAAACUGUCGGAACUGGUUGAGGAGCAUCUUGGAGAACUGAGCCGGCGCCAGAGGGGGAAGCUGGCAGAGGUUAUUGGAAGGUUUCAGGCAGGAAGGGAUUAUUAUGCUGUGCAGGUCGAUACGAAGAUUAGUCCCAACACUCAGGCAUUCCGGGCGACCAUUUUUGGGUCGUGUGCCAAGGAUCUUCGGAGCCUACUUGAAGGCUGA